UGCAUGUACCUCCUCAGCUGCGACUCCCGUGUGGACGUUGCAAGACGCACUUCCCUUUGCUAAUGGGGACUUGAAGAGAUUCCUUCUCUUUCUCUAGUCUUGUUUUGUAAAGAACUGGCCUUUUCCACGCGAACUCGGGGUAUAUAUUGCAGAAAGACGAGCUGAUGGACAGUGACGCAUUUACCAGAUAGGAUAUUAUUUCCUAGUGCCCUGAGCAUUUUUUUAAUCGUUGGCACUUGGCUCUAAAGUGGAAGUGAUGAAAAUUUUGAACGUAGUGAUGUCAAGGAGUUCUGAAGUUAUCAGCCCGAGGUGUAACACCAAUACUGAACACCAGGCGUCUUGAAUUAUUGUCACAUUUGAUUAAGUACCAUUAAUCUACUGGAACAUUUAUCUGAAAAUAUUCUUCUCUGGACUCAGAAUGCGUCAGUUGUUCAGCCCAUUUACUCUCUCAAUGGUUCUGGUAGGGUUUGCGUGUGGCGGUCCAUUCCAAAACAGCGGAGGAUCUCUGAACAGCCUCUUUCCACAUCACUCAAAAUCAAAGGAAGAUGACUCACGUGGCUUUAAUAAUCAAAGGAGGAUAGCCACCAAGAAGUUGGUCAAAUGUUCCGGACAUGGUCUGCAGCCUUCUAAAGAUAACUGUAGGACAUUUUAUCACUGCGUUGAUUUAAGCGAACACGGACUACAUUGGUUGGCCUUUAGGUUCACAUGCCCCAAGGGUAUGUUCUUUGAUAGGCAAGCGAAAGAUUGCUUCUGGUUGGACCGGCGGAACUCGCAGUAUCCACAGUGCACCAGGGACGCAGCUGCCGAGGAAGGUGUGACAUUCUAUCCCGGUGAUAAACUGGAAAACAGCGCAGCACUUGUUGUUAAUUCUGACUUCGAAACCAACUCCUGCGAACAUAUUAUAAGCGAAGCAUCUUUAUUCAGCACAAGUGUUAGCGGGUAUAAAAGGGACAUUGAAUUUAUCUUGAAAGAAAUGCCUGAAAUAUGUCAUGCGGUUGCUAAUGCAAGCAACUCUCUUCAUGAGAUCAAAGCAAAGCAGUUCUUAAUUGUACCUCCAUCAGAAACCAUUAUGUUUAGGAAUAUAUCACUCGAAUAUAAUAGAGAUUUACUCUUUCUCCAGCAGACAGUUGAUGCCUUGAUAGGGAAUGAGGGAAUAUUAAAAUCGUUGAACAGAAUUUUGUUGUUGGUUAAAGAUUUUGAAAUCAGUUUCAGGAGAGAGCUAUUGAAAGACAGAAAACCAGCUGAGGCAAUUUCGAAAGGGACGCCUCUUCUGAGGAGCACGGAGGAGGCAAAGGAGGAGUUUAUAGAGGUAGCAAAAAAUGUCAAAACAUGUUUGAACUUCUCUGCCUACGGCUACUCAUCACAGGCAAUCAUGACUUUCCUAGUUGAUGACCUCAGUGAGCACGCAAGUGACCCAGAAACUGGAGAAACAGAAGAUUAUGUAAUGAGUCCUAUGGAAGAAUUCUUUCAGUAUGUGUAUGAUGUGGGUAGAGAUGUCUUAAUCGAUGCACAGUAUCUACAGAUCCAAAUAUCAGAUUUUUUGAAACCCUUGUGGGAAAGCUAUUCAGACUUCAGGAAUUAUCGCAUCACUGCAGUAGGAGCUAUUGGCCACUUGCAUAAGGAAAAGCUACAAUCACUGGCAGAAAUAGAUAAAACCAAAUCGGAGGUGGCGAAGAUAUCAGACGAACUGCAGAGCAAAUUGUCUUAUCUGUCAUUAGUACCUGAGCCUCGUAAAAGUUCUGGCUCAUUUUUUGACUCUGAUCGGGACAUGAGCAUCCGUGUUUUAGUCAACCUCUUUCAUGACAUUUGGAACGUUGUCCAAACUCGCGAAUACCCCCUCCCUCGUCGAUUCGCGAGACUGCGCACCAGGGGACAAAUGCAGCACCACAAAGAUCAAGUCAUUCAGAUGAAUGCAGAGCUGAAACGCUUGAAUGGGAGAAUACUGAUGUUGGAGAGAGACAUCCCCGUCUUAGAAGAAGAGAUGCUACGCUUGCAAGGACUGGAAGACGAAGCCCGAAAACUGUUGAAUGAUUCUUACUGGCUCGUGUCUGGGGUCGUCAGGAUGCUGUCAGUCCUACGGGAGAUCGAGAAUAUUUUUACUGCCGUCGUCAGGACGGCGCAAGGUGACAUUUCAAAGGCCAGAACGUUUCGUUCUGGCUCUUUGCGCUCUGUCACGAGGUUACACCUGUAUAUGGCCAUCGAGAAUCUCAAAUGGAACUGGAAUCAUGUCAGUCGCGACAUGGACACAUUAGAAGGAUGUGGUGCUCACAAGUAACCACAGGAAAUGCGAUAAUAAUCCUGGGGGUAUCUUGGCGUCACUGUGAAGGGGAGAUAUCGCUCGCCAGUUCCUAGUCAGUAGUUGUAACAUUUCGUUUAGUAUGAAAGAUUUGAUAGCGAUACAUUAUUAUUAUUAUUAUUAUUAU